AUGGCUGAACUGCGAUCUCGUCCUUCUAGUGUUUUGUUGGAGCCACCCCCAAAGGGAGUCGAGCUUGAAGAUCCUGGGGCGUCAGACCAUAGUAUGGUAGAGAAGGUCGAUACCUCGCCCAGACAUGGGGAGGUACCCGGGUCACCUGCAUAUCAACAGCGGCUGGCGGAUGCUGUUCCAGACGAGAUUGACAUAGUUGGAGGAUCUAGGCCUGAUACGCAGCAUAAUCCAGCCCACAUAGAACGACCGCUAACACCCGGGGGAACUCCAAUACCGUUGACUGUCGUGGAAAAGGUGGAUCUUAACUCGCCAGCAUAUGGUGAAGAACCAGGGACACAGGCAUACGAAUCACGAAAGGCAGACUUCGCACCUGACAGAAUUUUCAAACUCGGAGACCCAAGGGCAAGUCCUCAGCUUGUCGUACCUGAAAAUGACCUAGAAAAUGCUAUAAGUGAUAGUGACCUUCCCGAGACGCUGCUCUCUAAGGUUGAAUCUCUGCCCAAGGAAGGGGAAGAACGGAAGUUCACUGCCCACCGUAGGAAACUAAGUGAUGCUGCUCCCGAUGCUGAAGAGAUAGUUCUGGAUGUUCCAGGACAACAAAUUCCUGAUACAAAUAGCUCUGGAACAAAAAUUAAUUUUACCGACGACCCGGCUCAAUUAAACGAUAGUGGUGGUGGCGACCUAAAUGAUUAUACUGAAGCCAGGGCAGAUUUUGAUGAUAAUGAUAACGGAUUUGGCGACGACUUUGAUGACUUCAAAGAAGGGGACGGGGGCGAUGAUCAUGACGACUUUGGUGAUUUUGACGAUGGCUUUCAAGAACCAGAAGAAACCUCUGAUGCUGCCAUACUGAAGCCAAAUACUGAUUCCACUGCGUCCCCUAGCCUUCCGGUCCUGCCCCCUCUUCUGGACUUUUCCUCUCUUAAAUCCCUUCCUGACCUUCUAUCUGCCACUUCCGAUCAUCUCGAUACCCUGUUCCCUAACUCUACAAAUUUAUCAUCGUUACCCCCUAUUGACCCAUUUCCCGACUCCUCUGCAAUAUUUACUACAGAACGUUCCCUAUCCCUUUGGUCUCAACUGGUUGCGCCCCCUCCCCUCCAGCCUCCAAACUGGACUAAAUCCCGUAUCCGCCGCCUCUUUCUCGUCUCCCUUGGUGUCCCCGUGGACCUAGAUGAAAUCCUUCCUGCUUCAAAACAGAAGAAAUUGGUCCUUCCCUCCAUGAACCGCGACACUGCCCGGGUGUCAAGUGAAGAUCCAUUAGGAACAGGUGGCACAUUACUUCGCUCUCGAAGCAAACGAAAGAAUCGAGAAGGGCAAUCCCGAUCGUCUACAUCCUUCGACUCCAACCGCUCAUCAUCUAGACCCGUUCCGUCAACACCUCGGCGCAGAGGUAAUACCCCUCCCCCGGAGCUAGAUCUUCUCGCCACACGCCGGCUUUGUGAAACUACUGAUGCAGCACUUGAUGGCUAUACGGAUGAAGAAAUAACAGAACAUGUACAAAAGCUGGAAAAGCUGACUAUCCGAGCGAGUGAGGUUUUGGAGUACUGGCUGAAGAAACGAGAUGGACAACUUGGAGAAAAAGAAGCCUUCGAGGGUGUUAUAGAGAACCUGGUUAAACAUGCACGCCAAGUGAGGAAGUGA